CGAAACAGCCGUUUCUGAAAUACCUGCACAUCUGAGAAAAUACAUAUAGUAACCGGAAGUACUGCUCAGAAUUUAAUAAAAUACAGCAUUACUAUUUUACCAAUUCCCAAAUUUCUUUCAAAUUUGAAUCACAUCGAUCGAGCUUUUUCUGAAAUAUUGGUAUAUCUAAGAAAAUACAUUUGUGCGUGCGCAACCGGAAGUACUACGUAGAAUUUAAUGAAAUUGAUAAGAGACCAUCUAAGUAUCAACUCCCUCAUUCUCUGAAAAUGAGAUAAACAAUAGUAAGUGAUACGUCCUUCACAUCGAUUUGACUACAGACAGACACUGAUCCGAAUUUGAUGUUUGAUGUGUGAAAAAUAAAAUACGAGUGGAAAUUUUCGAUUCUGAGGAAGCAAAAUCAAUUAGGAUUCAUAUUGGAAAUAGGCGACUUGUACUGAUAAUGUGGUUUUGCUCUGUGAAGAACAUUUUCGCAUUUGUGCGAUGACUGAAUUGAUAAAACGUUGAAUGGUCAGUUAUUUUUUUAAUAUUCGAGGUUUGUUAUUGGAUUCUUCCAAUCAUACAUGAACAUACAAAAGCGUCGGUAAUCAAGUGGAAGGUAAUAGUUUGUUGACCGUGGCCUUCAACCAGGAAGAAGAGCUCUUACCGGGAACCUUGGUUUCUUUUCUUUGUUUCCCUUUGGCUCUCUUCAGCAGGAGGUAAUGCGAAAUAAAACCAUAGAAAAAGAAUAAAAAUAGACGUUGGAGUGUGGUUGUGGCCAACGUCAUCUCGCUCAACACUUGAGGUUCGGCAUCCCCACUUCUGCCAGUUGGUGUUAUCUCCUUCGAAAAUCUACCUACCCGCAAUAAGGUGAGACAUAUAUCCUUUUCAGUUGUGUAGUGCAUUUAUUUACACGCAUUUGUCAGGAUCUUUAUCUACCUAUUUGUGAAAUUGAUAUUAUCUACCUAUUAUGUAUUUUAUAGUCCAUUCACUUUCGAAUUAUGUGGAUAAAUGAAGAUAGCUUUAAUUAAGAAGAGUAAAAAUUGUAUGAAAGAGGUGCAAAAAAAGCCUUGGUUCUUUUCGGUUUUAGGAAUUAUGUUGCUGCUCUUGACUUUAUGCAUCUUAUUUGUCAAGCCUGGGAUAACUGCAGACGAAAAUUAUAGAACAACGUGGAGGUCGGAGGAUGUUCCUCCCGCUGCGGCCAGCACCUACCCAUGGGAUACACUCCGUGAAAAUUUUUUGGCUCUAAGCAAUGUUGCCCCUCAGGAGAGUUUCAUCUGCAGGGAACAAAAGUGUGUGGCUAAAAUUUCAUUCGAUUCCCUAAACAAUGUCAAUGCAAAAGAAUUUCCUUCUGUCGAAAGUUGCCGACUUUCAUGUAGUAAGAAUGGAAACCUUUGGCCCUUGCCCAACAUGGCUGAUCUCGGGAAGGAACUGGUUCAAAUUGACAUAUCCCACAUGGAGCUACUUUUAGACGGCAGCCCAGAAGUAAAAACAUAUUUGAGUUCCGUUUUUGAAAUAUUUCGCGAAAAUAUGGUGACUGAUUGCGUCGAAAAUACCACAAGACCGUCAAAUACAUCGAUAUAUAUGGCGAUAAAAGUACAUGACCAGAAAGUCAAAUUGGACAGGAAUACCAAUGAGUCAUAUAGACUUGCUGUCAAUCAACAACCUGGCAAGGUAAACGUCAACAUCGACGCCGAAACUGCUUUUGGUGCAAGGCACGCGUUAGAGACUCUGUCCCAAUUGACCAGCAAGGUCUUCUACAACGGCUCUUGCAGUGUUUACAUCAUUUCUGCAAACAUCGUAGACAAACCUGUCUUCAAACACAGAGGGGUCCUCAUCGACACUUCUCGACACUUCAUCCCAGUCAAGGAUCUUAAGAAAACCAUAAGGGCUAUGGCGGCCGUCAAGUUGAAUGUACUACACUGGCAUGCGACAGAUUCUCACAGUUUUCCGCUUCUUCUUAGCAAAAUACCCAUUAUGGCAAGGCUGGGUGCAUAUUCAGAAAAUGAGAUAUAUACUGAAAAUGACAUAACACUUUUGGUGAAAUAUGCUAAGCUGAGAGGAGUUAGAAUAUUGAUGGAAAUUGAUUCUCCAGCCCAUGCCAGUAAUGGAUGGCAAUUUGGUGAUAAGGCAGCAAUGGGAAAUUUAGUGCUUUGCAGAAACCACCAUCCCUGGCAAGAAGCUUGCAUGCAGCCUCCUUGUGGUCAACUAAAUCCUGCUAACCCAAAUGUUUACGCUGUAUUAGGUCUAAUCUUUAAGAAUUUGCAAGAACUUAUACCUACAGAUGAUAUGUUCCACAUGGGUGGUGAUGAGGUAGCAUAUUCUUGCUGGUCAAGGUCAUCAGAAGUUACAGAUUACAUGCUUCGUAAAGGAUAUCCAUUAACCGAUUCUGGAUAUAAAACUUUAUGGGGAGAAUUUCACAAUAGAGCACUCAAAGCUUGGGAUAAUGCCACUGGACAUUCUAACACUAAAAUUAUUCUAUGGACCAGUGACCUGACAAAUCCUUACAGCAUAGCUACCCAUUUGGACAAGGAUAGGUUCAUCAUCGAAGCUUGGACUGGCAGAAAUGACCCAGUUCCUCAUGAAUUAUUAAACAUGGGCUAUGAAGUGAUUUAUGCUUCUGUAGACACCUGGUACCUAGAUCAUGGGUUUGAUGGAGGCCAAUAUCAUCCCUGGAAAUCAGUUUAUGAAAAUCAAAUUCCGAAUGUUCCCAAUGUUUUAGGCGGUGAAGUGGCGCUUUGGUCUGAAUUAGUGGAUUCAAAUAAUCUGGACACUCGCCUUUGGCCCCGUGCAGCAGCACUAGCUGAGCGAUUGUGGUCAAAUCCCAAAACAUCCCCAGAUGAAGCUUCUUACCGCUUGAUGGAAACUCGAAAUAGACUGAUUAGGAGAGGAGUUCAAGUUGACCAGAUCUUACCUGAGUGGUGCUAUCUAAAUGAAGGACACUGUUAAUAGUUUACUUUAUUCUGAUUAUGUUGGCUAAGGAAAUCAUGAAAAGGAUCUUGAUAAAUAACCUAUACAUUUUUUGUUUUAUGAUUUUAUAAUAAUUUUGUAUUUCCUAAAAUUGUACAUUUUUACUUACAAAAGAUCUUUGUAUUAUUGCUUACAAAGAAUCUAUAGUUUUAACAUAUGUUUCACUCUAUAUUUAAUCAUUUAUCAAGUGAAAAAAUAAUCUAAAUAUCUCUAUAAAUAAAAAUGAUGUUUUUACGAUGUAAGUAGUUGAACUUAGAUGAAAGUUUAAACAAAUAAAAAAAAAAAGAAACAUUAUAUUUGUUAAUUAAUAUCACCCAAAUAGAAUGGGUACUCAUACCUACUAUUCUAAAGAGUUCUUCAUCAUCAGUUAUUGAGAUUAUGUAUAAUGGUUUUGAGGAUGAUUUGUAAUUCAAUUAUUCAGAUUUAGUUCAAAAUAUUUAAGAUAUAGGUACAAUCCAAGCAGUUUUCUAUAUUAAAAAUGAAAUUACAAUAAAAUUACAGGAAAAUGUGAAAUUAUAGACAUAAGUUUAAGCAAAUAUUGCAUUGGUUGAUUGCAAUGCACUAGGUUAGCUUUUAAAUUAAUUGAUACAAUUUUAAAAUAAUUGUUAUCAAGAACUAAUAAUAAUGGCUAUUCAUGAUGUUAUAUGAUUUAACCACUAAGUUAAAUCAUUAGCUCCUGAAUUAUGAAUAUGUUCUUGAUAAAAUAUUUUAUGAAAUUGAAGAUUGCCUCUUAUUCUAUGUUUCUCCUUACUUGGACCUAGUAGCCUAAGAUUGAUCGGAGGGCUGAAUCAAAAUGUUUUAUUUAUUUUUGUAAAUGACUGAAGUUAGAGAAUAAACUUUGUUAAGUAUAAUCGAAGGUUGUUUUAGUUUGUGAUAUUUGUUUUCUGAUAUAAGUUAAUUAAUAUUAUUUUUAUUAUAAUAAAACUUGUGCUUUUUCUUUAUUAAGUAAGUAUUUUUCAAUGAAAUUAAUUUCUUACUUAACAUGAUACCAUUAUAAUCUCUUAUUAAAUCUUCUUCCUUUCCAAAAAUCAAAGUUUUCACAAAAAUUUAACUGUUUUGUCUGUUUUCUGUGUAUUAAAAAUAACAAAUUAAAUUAUUCACAAAGGCAAGAUUAUAAAAGAUUAUUACCUUUGUGUUUUAUCAUUACUUGUUAUUGACCUAUUUUGGAAAGACAAUUAGUUUCUAUAGCUAAUGAGCUAUUGUUCACAAAUGAUAUUGAUACUGUUAUCGAUGAAACUAUUUGUAAAAGUUAUCUCAUUUUGACAGUAUUAACAAAAUUUUGUUCUUACUUUGAUAGAAUAUUUCACUUCUUUCCUUGAGACUUCUACUUAAAUUUUCUUUGAAGAUGAUACCUAUAUCUCUGUUGUUUAAACUUUUGAAACAUUAUUCAAAUCCAAUAUAGUUUUUUAAAAAUAUUUUCAUACUAAUUAUAAAAGAAAAAUGAUCAAAUUGUUCCUUAGCUUGAUCUAAAAUUUUAAAUUUGCUAAUAACUUUUUACAAAACAGGUUGUAGCUGUCAACAUUUAUUAUUAAAGAUUCACCAAUAAAAUAGCUAAUUUAUUUUUAGCUUUGGCUCAGCUCAUUAUAAAAGAAAAAUAUUAUAAUUAACUGUUUUCUCAUAGUAUAAAAUCUUUAUCCAAAAAUGUGAAAAUUGAAACUAAGUAACUGCAUGAAAAAAUAAUCAAGCAGUAUGCAUUGGUGUGCCUAUACACCAAUAUUUAGGCACUAGUUGUGCCUUCAAAGAUCCAGGAAUAUGAGAUUUUCAUAGUAGUAAAAAUACUUAUUUAAUUAAUUUAUUUUACAAAUGAUACCUUUAAUCACUCUCUUUUUUUUUACAAUAUUUAUAAUAAUACAAAAUAUACAUCAACGAAAUGUAUAUGAUUAAUACAGAGUUCCAUGAAAAUAUGAAGAAAAAAAUCUAUAAGACAGUUCUUAAUUCAUGGUUUUGGCAUGUCAACUGCCAUAAACUCAAAUAUGUUAUCAUUAAAUCCAAUUUUUUUUUUUUUUUAAGGUAACUUUGAUCCUGUCUAUCAGACAUUACCUACUUUUUCAUACCUACGAUUUCAUCAACAAUUUCUUUGUUUCAUCAACAGUUCGGUGACACUGAACUAUAUGAAAUCUUGGAUCCCUUAAGCCAACAGGAAAUAUCUAAGCAUUAUUUAUGUGAAGUCCUACACUAUUGUACAUGAAUAAAUGUAGUGCUAGAAUGUUUCCUAUGACGCUUACAACAUUAAAUACACACAUUGAUACAAGAACUUGUUUGUGGAAUCAAUGUGAUUUUGAUGAACAUGAAAACUUAGAUAAAUUUAAAGUUAAUUAUAUUAGUUGAAAUCCAGCCAUCUAUAAUAAUUGCAGAGCAAAAAGGUAAUGCUUCUAAAAAAAAAAAGAAAUGAAAUAAAAUAAAAUAAAUCUUACUUAUGGAAUUUGUUUUCUUCUGUACAGUGCCCAUUACUCACCAUUUAACUUCUUCUGUGAGAAGAUUAAUAAUCAAGGGUCUCUUAAGAAUCAGAUCAAAUCAUCUUUAUGCUUCCGAUUAUUUACCCAUUCAUAAUGAUAUGAGAUCAUCAGCAUUUUGUACUCUAUUAUUGACUAUAAUCAACAUUUCUAAAUUAAUAAGGAUUCUCCUGAUCUCAUGCAUUUCGGUAAAUUCCCCAGUCCUCUUUAAUCAUAUCUGCUGCUUUUUCUCCAAUCAUGUAGCAGGGUGCCAUUGUAUGGGGUCCAACAAUUGUUGGCAUUAUAGAAGCGUCAGCUACUCUCAACCCUGUGAUUCCAUACACUUUAAGCCUUGGGUCUACUACUGAUGUGUAAGGAUCGGGACCCAUCUUGCAAGUGCCACAUUGGUGAUGAAAAUGUAUGGUCACAGUUCGUAUGGCGCACUCCCAGUAUUCAUCAGAAUUAAAUUCUAAACUUUCACACCCAUGUACUGGAACUUUAUGAAGCUUUGCACCAACUCUUUGAAAGGAUUCUGCCUCACCAAUUCUCAUUGCUAUCCUCACUGCUUCUAUCAAAAUUUUCAUAUCAAUUGGAUCUGAGAAGAAAUUAUUUUUAAUAUGUAAUGGAUCUCUUGGAUCGCGACUCAUAAGUUUUACUUCACCUCUGCUUUUGGGAUACAUGUACAAAGGCCCUAUAGCGAAAGCCUCUCGGAAUUUUACAUUCCCCCAAGUUUUAUGAUACACCUCAUCUGUAAUGUACAAAUUCCUUCUGAUAAACGUACCGCCAUCUGACACCAAGGAGCCUGGAGCGAGUAUUAACUCGAUGUCAGGAGAUGAACCUGCGUAUGAACUCUUCACAAAAGCUACUGCUUCCGCUCCGUUAUCGGCGUAUAUGUUGUUCCCGAAUUUGUACCACUGAAUGAAAUCUAUCGGACUGGUCAAUAACAUCUUGGGAAGAGUUAUACUAUCGGUGGUGUUGAUGAGGAAUAUUAAAGCAGGUGUGCUGGGUUGGUCUUGUAAAUUUUUACCAACUGGAAGGUCCUCAAUGACUGGAAUUUUUAAUGUCUCUAAAUCAUCUACCGGUCCAAUACCAGAUAACAUUAGCAACUGAGCAGAGCCGAAGGCACCGGCUGAGAGAAUAACCUCAUUCGUCGCUAGGACAGUUUUCUCCACUCCAUUUUUCAAAUACUUGACACCAUAUGCUCUUUUUGUUUCGGGUGUAAUGAGAACUUUAGUGACAAG